AUGAGAAUAGGGUGCUUGCAAUUCGCGCCCCAAGUGGGAGAUGUCAAUAACAACUUGAAUCGCGCCGAUGCGGUAUUGUCACGAGCGAACCCCGACGAUUUGGAUGUCCUUGUCCUACCCGAGCUGGCUUUCUCUGGGUACAACUUCAAGUCGUUGCAAGACAUUACGCCAUUUCUCGAACCCUCCGGCUCUGGCAUCACGUCUCUCUGGGCCAGGACAAUCGCUCUCAAGUAUAACUGUACCGUCACCGUAGGAUACCCCGAAAAGGUCGACGUUUCCCCCAAAUGGCCUACGGGCCCCGAAUACUACAACUCGGCCAUUGUUGUCAACGGAGACGGCGAAACAAUAGGAAACUACCGGAAAUCCUUCCUAUAUUAUACCGAUGAGACGUGGGCCUUGGAAGGCGGACAAGGAUUCUUUGAGGGCUUCAUUCCCGGACUAGGGAACACCUCAAUAGGAAUAUGCAUGGACUUGAAUCCGUACAAGUUCGAAGCCCCAUGGAAUGACUUUGAGUUUGCAUAUCAUGUUCUCGAAGUAGAGUCAAAUCUGGUCAUCGUAUCCAUGGCCUGGAUGACCAGGGAGGAACCUCGUCGAUUUACACGCAUGCCCAACGAACCUGACAUGGAAACCCUGACUUAUUGGGUCACUCGACUUGAACCUCUUAUCCGCGCUGAGAGCGAAGACGAGAUCAUUGUUGUCUUCUGUAACCGUUGUGGCAAUGAGGACGAGGUGUUGUACGCAGGCACCAGUGCAGUUAUCGGUGUCCAAGAUGGAGAAGUCAGGGUCUAUGGUCUGUUGGGACGGGGUGAGAAAGAAUUAUUGGUCGUCGACACCAAUAACUCUCCCUAUGCAAAGCUUGUCUACCGUCCAGAUCCAAGGGGUGCUGGCAUGGAGGCACCUGGAAAGUUGCAACGAGAGGCAAACAACAAUCCUUGGUCUAACGAAAUUCGACGCCAUUUGGAGGAUUCCAACAAGGAUGACGAGUCAAAAAGCAACGCUAGUCAUACAACAACCCCAUACACCUCAAGCUCAAUAACAAGACUAGGACAGCAACCUUCUACCAUGUCACAGCGUUGCACCCUUCCUAAGGAUGAAGUCGCCGAUUUGCCGAGAAGACGACAGGCGCCUACGAUUACCAUCCCUCCAGCUCCUGGUCUGGUAUUGAGCGACUCCAUGCGAUCUCCAGGCGUGGAUAGCCUCAACAUUCCCACACCGUCGGCGCCUAGUCCAACCCCUAUAAAUCUACGACCUAGACUCAUCAUUCCCGAGUCGCCUCCUAUUCUUCCUCACCAGUAUCCUCAAGACCAUCCCAUUAGCGCUGCUUCUUUGAGGUCAGAAAGAUCUGUUCAGUCCAAUAUGUCCCAUGCCUCUACUAGUACUGUACAGACACGCCGACCAGAAGACAGUACUCCAUAUCCCAACAGCGCUGCGCCCCUCAGUGGCUACCCAACCAACACCUUUAAAACGGGAGAGGACAUGUACAGCCGUCGUUUCACCAGUACAGACCCAGGUGACGGUAUGACACCUUUAUCGUUCAAUGGGUUGUCCCCAACAGAUGACCGAUGGUUCUGGAGAGCCUCGGAGUCUGCCGGACCGACACCGCUAUCUGCUGGGUGGACACCGGCUACAGCGGUAGGCAGGAAGCCAGAGCCUUUUCCCUGGUCAGAGAUCAAGGCAGAUAUUCGCCCAUCAAGCUCUAGUAACAUUCCAGAUCGCAACAAGAACAAUCCCACCCCCAAAGACCUCAGAGCGUUCAGCCCGUUGUCGAAUACUUCAUCGAAUAGAACUAACGGAACGAUCAUAUCCGAAUCCUCCGAGGCUUCGCGAGCUUCUAGAUCGUCCCGAGCAUCGAGGGGUACGGCAAAAUCCCCAUCGAAGCAAGACAAAGGUUAUGCCAGACCGCCAUCACCAAAAUCCCGAAACGCCAGUCGGACAGGAACAAGAGAAAGAUCCGAUUCAUCACUCGAGGCCCACAACAUUAGUGAUGCCAUCACACAGCAUCUUGAAGGGAUUUCCCAGCGUGCAGAAUCUGCCAGUAGAAUGAGAUCAGAAUCUGCGAAUGGCAAACGCAUUCAAGACUGGCCUCAGUUCAGAAAUCGCAGCAGUAGCCGUCCGAAGUCUGCUUCCAGCAAUAUCCAAACGGAACAGCAUAUGAUUCCGAUAGCUGCUAGCCCAAGUCUCUUCAGAAACGAAAGCUCAGGUCACCAACAAUCAUCGUCACGAUCAGAUUUUGACAACCGUACCGGUUCUUUCAAUAGCCUUGAAGGCGUUCUUCAUACCACCAACACGGAGCGAGCUAGAACACCUGUCGCGAACAAUAUUGCAUCCCAUACGUCCAUGCGCGCUGCGAGCCGUGGCCGAAUGCCAGACCCCAAGCCUUUACCGACCAAUGGAGCAUAUGAUUUGACGAUGCCAUCAGUUGAGCGUUCCACAUCUGAAGACUCAACUUGCAACGUAUUGCUACAUAGCCGGACAGAUCAGCAUCGAUCGAGAGGACGGCAAUCCCGAACGCGAAGAACUUCAUCUGGCCAGAAUGGCCGCAUGCCGUCUCGCGACGUUAUGCCCCGCGAUUUUGCAAGAGUUGAAUCGGUGGUUUGCCCCAGUUGUCCUGUUCAUGGCCGGCAUCCCUCUACAAGUCGGAGCAGGCAUACUGAAAGCGCACCUCCGGUCAAUCACCCGAUCGCGAGACCCGUUACCGUGAGACCUGUUACGGUAUCGCCUCCUGGUAGACAGGACCACACUGCUACUCAACAGGACCACAAUCCCCUCCCGGCUGACAAGCCAAUCCCACAGCCAGAAAAGUCUCCUUUUACUGUUACCGGGUCUCGCGACCAGUCCAGAGAGAAAACCUCCGAGUAUGCAACGAAUGAACUAGCAGAUGCAAGUGACUCUGGAUCUUUUGCAGAGACACUGCAGACAAUUUCGACACCUGGUCGGUCACCUGCUACGCCUUCCUUCUUUAACCCUAGCACCCCGAAGGCCAUGGUUUUCAAAACCGACGAUCUGGAUGUCGACUUAUUUCCCACUGGUCACUUGGAUGAGACCGGUGUACCUGCAGUAUCUCUGCCCGAAGGAGACAGUGUUCAAGUCGCGUAA